CUUGGAAUACCUUUCGGUACGGGUUGAUAUUUUUUUGUGGCAAUAAGUCUUAUUUAAAAAAAAAAACUAAUAAUAACUAAUAAGAACAGAUAAAAGGGCACGCCAAGUUACCUAAACAAAACUGGGUUUUCACGGCAAAAAUUAAUUAAGGCCGGAUUUUUUGGAAUUGCAGUACAUGGUACUGUAACGACUUGGAACGAAUAAGGACUCUUCUUUUUCAAUAUUAAUUCAAAGCAGCAGUGAUGGAGGAAUCAAACGUUAACGAUAGCGUUCAAGCACAGGACGAUGCAUCAGCACAAUCUCAACAACAACAAGUAAGUCGAACUUACGAUGACCUUUUCCCUGCACUUUCACUUCCGCAGAACCAAGGUAUUGUUCACGCCCCACCAAAAAAUAUGCGAGUUGCAAGUUCGGUUAGACAACAAAUUGUUCAUGUUCCUUAUGAGGAACGAAAAUCAUCUGAUUCAGAAAAAUUUGGAGAAGGUGAAUCCUUAAGAACUUGUCAGCAAAUUAUGAAAGAAACUGGAGCAAAUAUCGAAAUUUCCAGCGGAAAAGAUAAUUCGUUAACAUUUUUAAUAAAAGGUCAAAAAAGGGAGAUUUUGGAAGCUCGUCGCAGAAUUUUAAUACAAUUUCAAACACAAGCUAGUAAGCAAAUACUUAUCCCGAAAGAACAUCGUCCCGUUAUUUUGGGUAAACGGGGAGAGCGUUUACGUGAACUAGAGCAGAAAACAGCUACUAAAAUUAGUAUACCGAGUAUGACUGAUGAUAGUGAUUCUAUUACUAUUUCUGGUACAAAAGAAGGUAUUGAGAAAGCUGAGCAUGAUAUACGUGCAAUGGUAGAAGAACAAUCUAAAAAGGCUUUCGAACGUUUUUCUAUACCUAAAAUAUACCAUCCGUUUAUUGCGGGGCCACUAAAUUCGACUUUGAAUAACUUAAUGAAGGAUACUGGUGCCAAAAUUAUUAUGCCUUCACAAACAGCUACGAAAGAUGAAAUAUCGAUUACCGGCGAAAAGGAUGGAGUUUUAGCCGCAAAAGCUAAAAUUGAAGAAAUUUAUAAAGAAAUGGAGAAGAAAUGUUCCACGGUAAGUGUUGAAGUCGCCAAAACUCAGCAUCGACAUAUUAUUGGUAAAGGUGGCCAAACUUUGCAAGAAAUAUUUUUGGAAACUGGAGUUUGGGUUGAAAUGCCACCACAUGAUUCAAGUACUGAUACAAUCACGUUGAGAGGGCCACAAACAGCUUUGGGUAAUGCAUUGACUAUUGUUUAUGAAAAAGCUAACUCUGUAAAGACUGUAAAGAUAGAUGCGCCUACUUGGAUUUUUAAAUAUAUCAUUGGCCGCAAAGGGUCAAAAAUAGAAAAGUUUGAACAGGAGUUCCCCCAUGUCAGCAUUUUUUGUUUAGAAGACGCUGUUAAAUUAGAGGGUCCACCAGAAACUGUUGAAAGGGCUCAAGCUCACUUGGAAAAAUUUAUACAAGAUUUUCUUGCAGAAAAUACUUUUGUUAUUAUGGACAUAAAUCCAAAUUGUGUUAAGCAUAUAAUUGGCAAAGGUGGUGUCAAUAUUAAACGUCUAAAAGAAGAAUAUCAAGUUUACAUCUACAUUGAUGAACAAAGUGGCGAUAAAAUCCGUAUCGAAGGUAAGAAAGAAGAUGUAGCUAAAGCGCAACAAGAGUUAAAAGAAAAAAUUGUCAAAUUGGAAAAUGAAAUAGUAAAAGACGUUAAAAUAGACCAGCAUCUACAUCGCUAUGUUAUUGGAGCAAAAGGCGAAAAAAUACGUGAACUAAAAGACCGAUACAAAAAUGUGCAAAUAAUGUUCCCUCUAUCAACAGAUAAUAGUGAUAUCGUAAGACUACGAGGUCCUAAAGAAGAAGUUCAUAAAUUAGACAAGGAUUUAAAUAAACUAGUGAAAGAAAUCCAAGAGCAUUCGUUUGUUGUUCAAGUUCCAAUUUUCAAACAAUUUCAUAAAUAUAUCAUUGGAAAAGGUGGCGUGAAUAUAAAGAAAAUUCGUGAUGAAACACAAACGAAAAUUGAAUUACCUGCUGAAGGAGAUACUAAUGAUGUCAUUAUAAUUACUGGGAAGAAAGAAAAUGUUCUUGAAGCUAAGGAACUUAUUCAGAAAAAACAAAACGAACUUUCUGAAAUUGUGACGGAAGAAGUGGAUAUCCCCCGUUGCUAUCAUAAUUCAAUAAUUGGAGCAGGUGGAAAAUUAGUGAACGCUAUUAUGGAAGAAUGUGGGGGAGUCUCAAUAAAAUUUCCACAGAAUGAAACUAAAAGUGAUAAGGUUCUUAUAAGAGGACCAAAAGACGACGUUGAAAAGGCUAAAACACAACUUUUAGAAAUAGCCAAUGAAAAACAAUUACAUUCAUUUACGGCUGAAGUUCGCACCAAACAACAACAUCUCAAAUUUAUAAUUGGUAAAAAUGGUGCUUCAAUUCGUAAAAUUCGCGAGGCAACUGGUGCUCGUAUUAUAUUUCCUAAUAACGAUGGUGAAGAUAAAGAGUUGAUCACUAUUAUUGGUAAAGAGGAAGAUGUCAAAGCUGCAAAAGAACAAUUAGAAUCUAUUAUUAAAGACAUUGAAACAGAAGACGAAAUUUCUGUAGAUCCUAAAUAUCACAGGCAUUUUAUGGCAAAAAGAUGUGAAGCAAUACGACAAAUAUCUGAUGGUAAAGGUGUUGUUAUAUCAUUCCCGAGACCAGGUCAAGAACCCGAUUGUGUAAAACUAAAAGGUGCCAAAGAAGAUAUUGAAUUUGCUAAACAAAGAAUAAGAGAAAUUGUUGAAGAAUUAGAAGCUCAAAUUACUAUCGAAGUUAUUAUUCCUCAAAAGCAUCAUCGCAAUAUCAUGGGCCCACGUGGGUCUAAAGUUCAAGCUAUUACGAAGGAAUUUGAUGUUCAAAUCAAAUUUCCAGAUCGGGAUGCUAGGGAAAUCGUUGAAGAUAUACCCAAUGGCGAUGAAGAAAAUUCAACAGAAAAUAAUGAGCAAAUUCGUCAAUGUGACAUAAUUCGUAUAACGGGAAGAAAGGAGAAAUGUGAGGCUGCUGAAAAAGCUCUUCGAGACAGUAUCCCAAUAACCGAAGAAGUUAAUGUGGCAUUUGAUUUGCAUCGUUCUAUAAUUGGUCAGAAAGGAAAAGAUGUAAGGGAAUUAAUGCAGACGUAUGAUGUGAACAUUGAAUUGUCUCCUCAAGAUCUAAAGCAAGAUGUAAUUAAAAUAAUUGGUACUAAAGUUAAUGUUGCCAAAGCAAAAGAAGCUCUAUUCAAACGUGUAGAAGAAUUGGAGGCUGACCGUAAAGAUCGUGAGUUGCGAUCAUAUGAAUUGAGAGUUGAAAUUGAUCCCUUUUAUCAUCCAAAAAUUAUCGGGAAACGUGGUGCUGUUGUUACAAAAUUACGAUCAGACCAUAAUGUCAAUAUUUCAUUCCCUAAAAAAGAAGAUGAUAAUGAUAGUGUCAUUAUAAUAACAGGUUACGAAGAACAUGCUAUUGCUUGCCGUGAUGAAAUUUUAGAUAUGGUCAAAGAAUUGUAUAAAGAAACAGUGGAAGUUAAUUCCACUGUUCAUAACCGUUUGAUUGGGCAAAGGGGAAGGAAUAUACGAAAAAUUAUGGAAGAUUAUAAAGUUGAUAUUAAAUUCCCGAAAGAAGGUGAUCCAAAUCCAAAUGCCAUAGUAAUUAUCGGUAAAGAAGAUGAUGUUGAAAAUGCUCGUGAACAUAUUUUAUGUUUGGAAGAAGAGUAUUUACAAGACGUCAACUACACUAUACAACAAGUUUUUGAUCAACCGAAUACAAACUCUAACGGAUUCGUUGUACAAGGAGCACCAUGGGAACAAGGCAAAAAUGAAAAACCAACUAAUGAUGUUGUUGCCCCGAAUACUCAGUCGCAAAAAGACUUUCCCGAUUUUGGUGGUUCAGGUAAAAACACUAAUGAUUCUACCCCUAUUGCUUCCGCGUGGGGUCCACGACGUUAAUCAAUAGUAUACGAAUAGUACAUAUUGAUUAAAUUUGGGUUUUGACACAAAGAAAACUGGUAUUUUAAAAAAUGUUUGUUUUGGUAAAAAUUUAUAAAUACUACACAUAUUAUGUAAUUUAAGUUUCAUAAGAAAAUAAUUCAUAAAAUUUCAUAAAAUUGGAUGAAAUAAUUUCUAACUCAAAUUUUAUAAAAAAUAAGACUCAAUAUGGGUCUUAGCAAUUACAUAUAUUAAAAGCUAGACAUUAUUUUUUUUAUAUCAUUCUUUUUUUUAUAUUAGUAAUUAUAAAGUGUUAAAAGAGUUUAUAAAAGUUGAACGUUUCAGUCGAUAUAUGUACGUAUACAAAUAUAUAAAAAUUACACUUUUUAGUUGUGCAAUUUUUAAUCGUGAAUUUUUUGCAUUAAAAAUAUCGUUUUCGAGUUUUUAUUCAUUCUAAAUGAGAAUAUUUUUAGUUUCUUUCGUUUCCAUUUUUUCAAAAUAUAUUUGUAUAAAUUUGCAAUUCUAUUUAGAUAUUUAGUUCAUUCCUCAACUUGUUUGCUUGAAUAGUUUUAGAUUAUAUAUAAUAUAUAUACAUAAUAAAUAUUUUCUUCCCUCAAAAAAUGAAAGGUGGCAAAACUUAAAAAAUAUAAAAGUAAGUAAAAGCUAAAAAAAAAUAUUUUGCUGUUAAUUUGAUUCAUAAUAUUAUAAAAAUAUUUCCUAUUAAUCUCUAUUUACAAAACCAUUAAUUAUUUAAAUUCCACUGGAGAUAUUUCUUUUUCGGGUUUAAAUUUAAAACUAAAGUCAAAACGGUCUAAAAAAAAUAGUAGGUAUAUACUUUAUUAUUAUCUCAGAUUUUGUAAGAGUAUUUUGAAAUGUUUUGUUUGGUUAAUUGCUUAGUAGACACGAAAUUAAUUUAUGAAGUUUAGCAAAACUAUGAGUAAUAAAAAUCUUAUACACAUUUAUGUAUAUUUAUGACUUCAAACAUGCAAAUUUUCUUUAAUUUUCAAUUGAAGAAGGAAUAAUUUUGAUUAAAAAUAUAUUUUAGUUUUUUUUUUAUUUAUUUAUCAUUAUUUUUUUUUUGUAAUAGUAGAUUAAAUUAUCAUGUUUUAGUGAAUUUUUUCCAAGAUUAACUUGUUAUAAAUUUCAAUUAAUUUUGAAUAUUUUUUGGUAUCCAGAUAAAAUUCUAAAAUUGUACUUUUGUUAAUUGUAUAUAAAUUGAUAUGAUUUAUUUUCUCGGAAAGAAAACAAUUUCUUGUUCCUUGUUUUAAUAUGUUUUAUAUAUUAUCAAUGUAUUUUUUUAGAUAAAUUAAACAAUAAAAGACAUAAAAAUUACAUAUUGUACAUGAUAAAUGGUUAUUAUUUUUAAUAAAAAUAUGCAAAAUUUAACUUAGAUAUGAAAAUGUAUUUAAAUAUUUAGCUACUGAUGUACAAUAGGUUUAAAAUAUGUUGUAACAUUUUCAGUUGUUAAAAACAAAAAAAAAUAAUAAAAAGAAAUUUGUUUAAUGUACCAUUUUUGUUAUAGGUCUGCUAUUUAGGCCUUUUAAAAAAUUUUAUUUUCUAUAUUCAAAAUAAAUAAGAAUUUAGUUUUCCUAAACUAUAAUCAAAUUUUAAAUAAAACUCGAUUAAACUAAAUAAUACUAAUUAAAAAAUUAUUAAUUGAAGAAAAGAUUUAUUUUAAAAAAUAAAUGGUCUUAAAUUUUAAAUAUUUAAAUUAAUAUAGCUAAGAUUGAAAGUUAUAAAUUUGAAUUUGAAAAUAUUAAUAAGCCUUUAACAUUCCCAUAUUAUUUAAAA